GAAGCGGGGAGCCCGGCGGGGGGGUGGGGGGAGCUGAAGACCUGCGGCCUCGGCCCCUCCAAAGAGCCGGGAGAUGACGGGAAAAGCGGGGGAAGCGCUGAGCAAGCCUAAAUGCGAGACAGUGGCCAAGAAUACCUCGGGGGGCGCUCCGGCCAGGUGCACUGGGUUCGGCAUUCAGGAGAUCCUGGGCUUGAACAAGGAGCCCCCCAGCUCCCAUCCACGGGCUGCCCUCGACGGCCUGGCCUCCGGGCACUUGCUGGCAGCGCGCUCCGUGCUCAGCCCCGCAGGAGUGGGCAGCAUGGGGCUGCUGGGGCCCGGGGGGCUCCCGGGCUUCUACGCGCAGCCCACCUUCCUGGAAGUGCUGUCCGACCCUCAGAGCGUCCACUUGCAGCCGCUGGGCAGAGCGUCAGGGCCGCUGGACACCAGCCAGACGGCCAGCUCCGAUUCUGAAGAUGUUUCCUCCAGCGACCGAAAAAUGUCCAAAUCAGCUUUAAACCAGACCAAGAAACGGAAGAAGCGGCGACACAGGACAAUCUUUACGUCCUACCAGCUGGAGGAGCUGGAGAAGGCAUUCAACGAGGCCCACUACCCAGACGUCUAUGCCCGGGAGAUGCUGGCCAUGAAAACGGAGCUGCCGGAGGACAGGAUACAGGUCUGGUUCCAGAACCGCAGAGCCAAGUGGAGGAAGCGAGAGAAGUGCUGGGGCCGGAGCAGCGUCAUGGCAGAGUAUGGGCUGUAUGGGGCCAUGGUGCGGCACUCCAUCCCCCUGCCAGAGUCCAUCCUCAAGUCGGCCAAGGAUGGCAUCAUGGACUCCUGUGCCCCAUGGCUGCUGGUUCAAGAUGGCUUUCCCAGGCGCUUUUCUAAACCCGAAUACCAACACUUCUUUUUAGGAAUGCACAAAAAGUCGCUGGAGGCAGCAGCCGAGUCGGGGAGGAAGCCCGAGGUGGAGCGCCAGGCCCUGCCCAAGCUGGAUAAGAUGGAGCAGGAGGAGCGGGGCCCCGACCCCCCGGCAGCCAUGUCCCAGGAGGAACUGAGGGAGAACAGCAUUGCGGCGCUCCGCGCCAGAGCUCAGGAGCACAGCACCAAAGUGCUGGGGACUGUGUCCGGGCCCAACAGCCUGGCCCGGAAUGCCGAGGAGCCUGAGGAAGAGGAGGCCAUGGACGAAGACCGGCCAGUGGAGAAGCUGAGUCCGCGGCAGCUUGAGGACGUGGCUUAGGUCAGGGGGCGCUGCCGCUGGAGCCCCAGGACUCUGCUCUUCUCGGGACCUGUGUGCUGGGAGGUGUUCUCCGAGGCAGGGCCCAGCCUGGCCUUUGCCACCCUCCCCUGCCCCGUAGGCCCGUCACGUCCCCCCGGGUGAUUUCAGACACAACUCAGUUCUGGCCAAGGCUAUGCUGAGACAUCCCCUACCUAGUCUUGACCUCGCCAUCCUCCUCCUCAUCCCAACUGCCUCAGAAGCCUUUUCGCUGCCCCAAACCACCCCCUCGAGCCGCUCUCACUCCUUGGCGACUCUCCCUGUCCACAUCCAUCCAUCACUCUGUUCUCUUGCUCUAGGGCCCUCUUCCCAGCUCUAUCCCCUGUGCAUUCUGCUCCCCCAGGCCCAAGCCCUUCGCCUGCCACGGCCCUGGCAGGGAUUGAGGACCUGCACUUUAGGGCCCUGUCCUGAGCACCCCAGUCCUCAGCCAAAUUCUGCUCCCCUCAGCCUGUUCCUGCCCCGGGCCCGGGCCUUCACCAUGUGAAUGUACCACCAUGCAGGCCCAGGUACAGCCUCUGCUCCGCCCCAUCAGUGGGUCCCGGAGUCCAGAUUAAACUUGGGAAGUCUCAGCCUGGGCCCCUCGGCCACCCUCCAUCCAUGCCCUCCGUGGUCACCCUCAGGAGCCCGUCCUCUCCACACCCAGACUGCCCCACCAUUCCUCCCAGCACAGGUGCCAGCCACACAUGUGACCGCGUACAAUACCUGGAGUGAGUCCAGGGCCCGUGCCCUGCCGCCAGGGGGCACUUCUCACCAAUGAGGUGGCUCUAUGCACUGUUGGGGAGGCCAGAUCCUCUCCAGGGUCCUUGGGGCUGUGUUCUGAAGCAUCCUGACUCCCCGUUAUGCUUGCUGCCUGUGACCCCGACUUGCUGUGCAAGGCACCCUUCCCCUAGAGCGGGGGUUCUUGACCUUCCUCAUGCUGCGACCCUUUAAUACAGUUCAUGUUGUGGUGGCCCCCAACCAUAG